AUGCUCCGCCUCCUUGUCUUGCUGCUGCUGGCCCAUGCGGAUGGCAGCUUGUUCUUGCCACCGCUGGAGGGAAAGCAAGGCCCCGAGAUUGCCUUGAUCUCGGUGCAGGGUGCCAGCUCUCCGGUGGAGGGCUACAAACCUGCGGCAGAGGCGAUCCAGAAGGCCUCUCCCUUCAAGGUUUGGGUUGGUAUUCCGCAGUACCUCUUUGACCUUCCUGAGUUGCAGUUUGCGGCCAAGGUGGAUGACAUCCUGCAGCAGAUGGAGAAGGCAGGUAUGAAGGCUGACCACAAGGUGAUCAUGGGCCACAGCCUUGGGGCUGUCGGAUGCCAGGGCUAUAUCGCUGGGAAGGGGCAAGGCAAGAUGGACGCACUUGUGCUGACUGGCGCCGCUGUGCUUCGAAAGUACCGCAAUUCCACAAAGUUUCCGCCAACCCUGACACUUGACGGAGAUCUUGAUGGACUCUUGCGCAUUACGCGCCAGGCAGAAGCUUACUUCCACCAGGUGAUCAAGGUUGGAGGAGCUGACGCACCUGGAAUGGAUCGCCCUGUGGUCCUGCUGGAAGGUGUCGACCAUUGGAGCUUCAGCUCGGGCGACCGUCCAUCCAAUGUCAAGAAGAAUGACAUCCAAGCUGAGGUGACGGUGGAAGAGGGCCACGCGAUGAUUGGUGAAGUGAUAGCUGACUACAUGAGCUCUCUGUUCGGCUCCGAUGCCGAGAAGGCGGCAGCUGGGGCGAAGAUCGUGGAAGCCGUCAAGAAGACAGGAGAGCUCGUGGAACCCAUCCUGGCAGCAAUGCACUUGGAGGGCUACCACAACCUGAAUCCUCCAUGCAACAGCGACUAUCCCACCAACCCGACUUGCCAGUACGCCAAGUAUCCUGACAAGUCCCUGCUGCCACCGGCUGGCCCUCCCAAGCCCAUGCCUCCAGCUGACUGCACCUGUGGCAGUGACUGGGUGGCAAACACAGCUGCCAACAUGGUGGCUGGUUUCGAGAAGACCCCCGCAUCUCAGACGAAGCUCGUCACCAAGGAUGCGUUCCACGACGUCUCCGAUGUGAGGCCGUUCCACUUGCCCCACAUCUUUGAGCCCCAGCCGGGAACCGCUUGCUCAGACCCUGCGACGUGCGUCAUCAAUGCCACCACCGUGUCGAUGCCGAUCUAUGAUUGGAAGGACGACUUCGACGUAGGCCUUUGGCCCAUUACCGCCAGCGAGUUCCGCACCAAGUUCAAGUCCCGCGAGGCUCUGCAACAGGCUGCGGGACUUCAGGACGUCAACUACACAGCAACAGACGAGUUGAACACCGAAAUCUGCAAGUCCAUCAACCAGGCGGCCUACGACUGGGCCCUGAAGACCGCCUCCAGCAAGGCCCGCGACCGCUUCCUGAAGCACGGCCAGCCAUAUGUUUUUGUGGAGGACAAGAAGUCCGGCUUCGGCAUUACGGGUCCAACAUGGAUCCACGAUGCGCUGUCCUUCACUCCUAGCCAGGACAAGAAAACGGUCGCUGUGCAAUCCCACUACUUCCCCCUGAAGAACAAGAACUUGGGGGACGUGUCGUUCGUCCAGACUGUCGGCUAUCACUACUGCAAGCUCUUGUCGCCAGCGCGCGCCAUGGAAUGGAUCUACGUGGACGGCUUGAAGGAAUUCUACGGCACCCGGGAUGAUCAGAUUCAGAUCGUGGUGUAA